AGUCUACAGAUGGAUGCUUGCCGAUAACAACGACUGUGCAUUACUCCAGUGCCGUGAAAAAAAAAAAAAAAAUUGCAUAACUGACCACUGACCAUUAACGGGAGCAAGCAGCACCACCACUUGACCAACACUACUAAUCUUUUUUUUUUUUUUCUACCUUACCAUCACUAUCACCUAUACCACCACCACUAUCGCCACCCGGCUACCACUCCACCACUCUCACCAUCUGCCAGUCACUCUAAGGUUGCAGUGAGCGGCGCAGUGUCCAGCGUCCAUCCAGCGCCAUGAGCCUCAAGCAUCUCACCACAGGCUCCACAUGCCCGCCAGCUGUGGCAGGCUUGCUGCGCUGCUACAACAUGAGGUUCUGCCCCUUUGCCCAGCGAGCAUGCAUCAUCCUUGCAGCAAAGAAUGUCAAACAUGAAAUUGUAAACAUUAACUUGAAAAAAAAGCCAGAGUGGUUUUUUGAAAAGAGUCCUCUGGGGAAGGUGCCGUCCAUUGAGCUGGACGGGCAGAUCAUGAGUGAGUCCCUGGUGAUCUGCGACUACCUGGAUGAGGUGUACCCUGACCCUCCCCUGCACCCCGCUGACCCCUGGAGGAAGGGCCAGGAUCGCAUGUUCUUGGAGAUAUUUGGCAAGGUAACAGGAGCAAUGUACAAGGUGUAUUUUUCAAGAGGAGACCAAGACAUACUAAGCAAGGGCUUCACUGACAUUCAAGCCGGACUGGAUCCCUUUGAAGCAGAGCUGACGAAGAGAAACACCAAGUUCUUUGGAGGAGACAAACCUGGAAUGCUGGACUACAUGAUAUGGCCAUGGAUGGAGAGGCUUCCUGUUGCUCAGAAAUUUGGUGGUGAGAGAGCUCUUCCUGAAAACUGCUACCCUAAACUGUUCUCCUGGAUGGAAGAUAUGAAGCAGGAUCCUGCAGUAAAAGCAACCUAUCUCUCACCAGAAACUCACUACAAGUACUUACUCACCAGUAUCAGUGGUUCCCCAGAUUAUGAUAUGCAAUUAACAAUGCCAUGUCAUCUGUAGCUUCUUAACCCACAUGCUGCUGCAGGCUUUUCACCCUUGCUUUAUUUCAGCGCUGAUAAUUUUUAUUCUUUUUAUUUUAAUAAAGAGAGUGUGAGUGAUGUGUGUAUGUGAGCCACUCUGUGUGGGAUUGCCAGCCUGAUAUAUAACAAGAUAUCUCUUAGUAAAAAAAUCACUCAACUGUGGUCCCAUAAAAAGUAGGAUUGAAGAGACAUCUGUGUUCUUGAGGUGUCUUGAUACUCCUCUCCCUAAACAGCUUAUGUCGUUGGAAAAGGGAAAAAGAGAAAUGGGUAAAAAGUUCCAGAGUUUAUUAGAAAGAGGGAAGAAUGAAGGUACUGGUUAACUUAUGUUAGUGAGAUAUUUUAGUUACUACUGAAUUAUUUGUUGAAUGAUAAUUUUUUAAGUCUUUUUAAAGUCAUGUCCACAAGCAUUGAGUAUAAUGGAGGGUUGUUGGUUUACAGGCCUGACAUUUAGUGGAUUUAUAAAUUCAUCAUCAUUUUCCUGAGGUGCAGCAUGUAACUACCAUCAUGUUGGUCAGUUUAGAAAACAGAUAUAAAUAUCUUUUAUUGAAUUAUCUAAAAAAUAUUUGUUGUAUGAUACCAUUGUGUUUUCUGGAAUAUUGGCAGUAUAUAGAAUUUAUUAUACAUAUUGUAAGAUAAUCUUGAAUCAGAGAAUGUGUGUUUAUUUUUGUGAUACGUAGUGAAGCAGACUGAGGAAAGUGGUGAUGGCAGUUCUCCACCUGGCUGCAGAGAGAAAAGACAAGAUUUGGUGUAGAAUUUGUUGCACCAAGUCUUGUUAAUGGUUGAUUGAAAGCUGUAAUGUGUUCCUGACAGCAGUGAUCAUUUUCUGAAUAUCAUGACUAGUGUGAUAUUAAAAGUGUGUCAAGUUUGCAAUAUAAAAGACAAUGCAUUUACUUAUGUGCAAUCUCAUAACCUUGUUAAUAGCUAUUUUCUGCAGACAUUUUUUCUACCUUUGUAUUUGGUGAUACCUUGUGUAGCACAGGGACACAGCCAAGCCUCACUCCAUAGCUGGAGAAUGGUGCCACUCUUCCAUGCAUGUCAUAAAAGUUGACUAAAAGGGAUGGAACAUGAGGACUGUGGCCCCUUGCUCCAACUUUUUAUUACCAGAUAUGUGACAAAGCUUGUCUUGUCUCAUCUUCUCCAUCAAAAGGAAUGUCAACUUGUAUGAUUGUGUAUGUAACUUGUAUGAUUGCUCCAACUUUUUAUUACCAGAGAUGUGACAAAGCUUGUCUUGUCUCAUCUUCUCCAUCAAAAGGAAUGUCAACUUGUAUGAUUGUGUAGAUACAGUAGUGGUAUGAUUUUGUAUGGGGGCAGUUACUUUAGCAUUCCUCUCUGUAUUGGUGCCAAGUACAUUAAUGCCAUAUUGGAUUGCCCUGUAGUUGUCAGCUGUAUGGGUUAUUUAGUGUUGAUAACUUUAUAAUAAGUAAUAUGUUAAGGGAAGGGAGCUGAGUGGUCACUAUACUGCAAUAGCGGACAGCAGACAACCAUAGGUGAAUGGUGAAUGACACUCUCCUGGUGGUGGUGGUGCUGCUUGCAGGGUCACCGUGGUACAGUGCCACUCAGGCUGAUGGUUCCCAAAUGCCAAUGUCCUAGCCCUGAUAAACUAGGGAAGCUGGAUGAAAAAAAAUAAAUAAAUAAAUAAAAAUUUGUGUGCUGC